AUGGAGGAAUCCUCAGAGAUUUUUGGUGAUAUUAAUCUCACUCUUGGGAUGCUGAACAAGGAGGAUAAUAUUAGUAAGGAAGACAUUUACAGUCAUCUCACGUCUAUUAUUCAGAAUUCUGACAUCUUGGAUGACGCAAUUGUCCAACGGUUGAUUUAUUACACUUCUAAGGACAUGAGAGAUAACCAUAAUCCCAGAGAAAUCAGAAUGCUAGCUGGUGAGGUUUUGGUGUCUCUAGCUGCACAUGAUUUCAACUCUGUGAUGUAUGAAGUCCAGAGUAACUUCAGGAUUCUAGAGCUCCCAGACGAAUUCGUUGUGCUCUCCCUGGCUGAACUGGCAACCAGAUAUGUGUCCCAAAGUAUUCCCUUCAUGAUGAUGACCUUGCUCACCAUGCAGACUAUGCUCAGGCUGGCCGAGGAUGAAAGUAUGAAGCAAACUUUCUGUAUCGCCCUUGAGAAGUUCAGCAAGGCCAUUUACAAGUAUGUCAACCACUGGAAAGACUUCCCCUAUCCCAGAAUGGAUGCCAACCGACUGUCUGACAAAAUCUUCAUGCUUUUCCGGUACAUAAUGGAAAAAUGGGCCCCCAUGGCCUCCCAUGCACAAAUUUUGGCCAUAGUAAAGGUCCAUGGCCCCACUGUGAGCCUGCUGCUACACCGAGAAGACUUCUGUGAAUUUGCCCUAAACCAGGUACACUGGCUCCUGAACCAGUAUAAAGACCAAGAGAUUGAUUUCCACAUCACUCAGAGUAUAAAAGAGAUACUGGCUGCAGCAGUCAUGUAUGACAUUGUCCUUCCCAGAAACUUGAGAAAAUCCAUCUUUAUCAAUUUACUUCACCAGUUCUGCAGAAUUCCAGAGCCUUCUGCAAAGGAAAAUGAAGUUGAAGCUUCAAACUGUUUCCUCAUUCUAGCCCAUUCCAAUGCAGCAGACCUGAUGGAAUUUUUUGAUGAACAGAUAAGAAGUAACAAUGAAGUUAUUCGAAUAGGAGUCUUGACUUUGUUAAAAUCAGUCAUCAGUGCUGAGGAACCCAGGUUGAGGGAUCACAUCAUUUCAAUUGAAAGAACAGUCAAAGUUGUCAUGGGUGACCCCAAUACAAAAGUGAGGAAAUCCACCCUUCUUCUCAUCCAAACCAUGUGUGAUAAGUGCUACAUUGAAGCCCGGGAAGGAUGGCCCUUGAUUGAUUAUGUCUUCUCCCAGUUUGCAAAGUCUAACAAGAAACUGGAAAAAACAGUGAAAUCUAAUUCCCACGAGGAAGAAAUUGGGGAGAAAUCUGUUCAAGAAACAAGUCUCAAGGUCCUUAAAAACCUGGAUCCACUUGCCUUUGGAAUGCCCCAGGUCCUAUGGCCAAGAAUCCUGACUUUUGUGGUGCCUGAAGAAUACACAGGAACCCUGGACUACCUGUUCAACAUCAUCCAAAUUCUGAUGAUGGCAGAAGAGAGGAAGAAGUAUAAUAUGAAGGAGUCAUCGGCACUCGUCCUCUCUACAGGAGCUGUGAACCUUCCUUCACCACAGCAGCUACUGGCCAGACUUCUGGUAAUAUCUGUGCUUGCCAGUCUAGGUUCGUUACGUGGAGCUGGUGCAAUAGGACUUUUGAAGACACUGCCUGAGAUAAUUCACCCCAAAUUGGUAGACUUAUGGAAAACACUAGUACCUGAGCUCCUGAAGCCUCUGGAAGGAAACAAUGCUAGUGUGCUGUGGGAACUCAUGCUGCUUCAGCUGCUCAAAGAAUCUUUAUGGAAAAUCAACGACACGGCCUGGACCAUCCAGUUGAGUCAGGAUUUCAAUCAGCAAAUGGACAGUUACAGCAAUACCUCCAUUGAGAAGAAAUUUCUUUGGAAAGCCUUGGGGACCACCUUAGCAUCCUGCCAAGAUACGGACUUUGUAAGCUCACAGAUUAAGGACUUUUUGAUUGCUCCCAGCCAACUGGGGGACCAGAGACAGGGAAUAACAUCUAUUUUAGGAUACUGUGCCGAGAACCACUUGGACAUUGUUUUAAAAGUUCUUAAAACAUUCCAGGAUCAGGAAAAGUUUUUCAUGAAUCGAUGUAAGUAUAUUUUUUCUGGGAAAAAGAAACUGACCAAAACUGAUGUCAUCGUGAUCUAUGGAGCUGUGGCCCUCCAUGCUCCCAAGGAGCAGCUUCUCACCAGGCUUAAUCAAGACUUCCUGGCCCAAAUCCUGUUCCUCUAUGGCCAGUGUUCUCAGGUUCUGGGCAUGACUGUGAUGAAUAAGGACAUAGAUCUGCAAAUGAGUUUCACCAGAAGCAUCACUGAGAUAGGCAUUGCUGUCCAAGAUGCUGAGGAUAAGCAGUUCCAGUUCUCCUACAAAGAAAUGCUGAUCGGUUACAUGCUGGACUUCAUCAGGGAUGAGCCCCUGGACUCCUUAGCUAGCCCCAUUCGGUGGAAAGCCUUAAUUGCCAUCAGGUACCUAAGCAAACUGAAACCUCAGCUCUCAAUAAACGAUCACCUUAAUAUUCUUGAGGAGAAUAUCCGGAAGCUGCUUCCCCUACCACCUCUAGAAAAGCUCAGAAACGAGGGCGAGACGGACAAGGACAAGGAGCACAUCAACUUUCUCUACGAACGAUCCAUGGAUGCUCUAGGAAAACUUCUGAAGUCCAUGAUAUGGGAUAAUGUGGAUGCAGAAAACUGCCAAGAAAUGUUCAAUCUUCUCCGAAUGUGGCUUGUUUCACAGAAAGAGUGGGAAAGAGAAAGAGCCUUCCAGAUCAUGGCAAAAGUGCUGACAAAUGAUAUUGAGGCACCAGAGAACUUCAGAAUCGGUUCGUUUCUGGGGCUCCUGGCUCCUCACUCCUGUGACAUCCUGCCCACCAUCCGCCAGGCAGCCACGAGUUCCAUGAUUGGCCUGUUCUGCGUAAAAGGUAUUCAAAUGGAAGUGGAAAGACUGCAGGAUUUGCAGCAAGGACUGGAAUGUGAAGACCUGCAGGUCCAGAUAAAGAUUUCUGCUAAAAUAGCUAAGAUUGCCUGCAAAUUCAUUCCAAGUGAAGAAAUCCUGAUGUUCUUGGAGGAGACCCUCGAUGGUCUGGAAAGCCUGGAUCCCUCGUGUACAAAGGCCUGCGGCAUAUGGAUGAUCACCACCCUCAGGGAGCACGGAGCCACGCUGGAAGACCAGCUACUGGAGAUCCUGGGCAUAAUUUACCACCACAUGCCAAUCCUCAGACAAAAGGAGGAAAGUUUUCAGUUUAUACUAGAAGCCAUCUCCCAGAUAGCCAGCUUUCACAUGGAUGCCGUUGUUGUCAACCUUUUACAGAAGCCUCUGCCCUUCGACAGGGACACAAAGACAUUGUGGAAGGCCUUAGCUGAAAACCCAGCUUCCACUGGCAAAGUCAUUCAAGUCUUAAUAGAGAAACUGGAGAUGGGAUUAGAAGAUGACGUAGCUGGGAAAGAAGUGAUUUCUGUGGCCUGUGCUAUAUAUGAAGUGAUCUCAGUGGGAACCCCUGUCACCGGCUUGUACCCAGAGCUGUUCACUCUCCUCCUGAAACUGGUCAGCUGCACGCUCGGCCAGAAGAUGCCCACUUCUUUCAUGAGCCACAGGAGGCACGUGAUGCAGCCUGGGGAACGGCAGCAGAUGCCAGACCCCUGCAGGCUCUCAACUACAACUCUGAAAUGUUUACAAGCACAAGCCAUGAAAGAAGGCCUUGCAAAAGAAUCUGACGAGGGGGACAAUUUGUGGACCCUCCUUUGCAGUCUUGAUAGCCAUCACAUAGGCGUAUGUGCACUGGCCAGGAGCAUGCUGGUGUGGCAGCGUGGAGUCAUCCUGGACAUCAUGGAGCAACUCUUCCCAUCCCUCACCUCCUCCUCAGAGAACUACCGGAUCACCGGCACAGCUUUCUUCUCUGAGCUCAUGAAGGAGCCAAGCCUUUGGAAGCUGGGGAAUCUACGAGACGUGCUGAUCUUGAUGGAUCAGAGUGCCUGGGAUUCCAAUGCCACGCUGAGGCAAAUGGCCAUCCGAGGGCUCGGUAACACAGCAUGUGGGGCUCCUUAUAAGGUGAAGAAGCAUAAGCAGAUAAUGUUAGAAUCUAUCAUCAGAGGCCUGUAUCACCUGGCUCGCACUGAAGUCGUCUGUGAAAGCUUGAAGGCUCUCAAAAAGGUCUUGGAGCUACUUACAGACAGAGACGUGAGCUUCUAUUUCAAGGAAAUAGUGCUGCAAACAAGAACCUUCUUUGAAGAUGAGCAAGAUGAUGUGAGACUGACUUCCGUCUUGUUAUUUGAGGAUCUGGCAUCCCUAACAGGAAGAAGGUGGAAGAUUUUUUUUGCUGAGGAAGUAAAAAAGAGCAUGAUCUCGUUCCUUCUCCACCUCUGGGACCCCAAUCCCAAGAUUGGAGCUGCUUGCCAUGAUGUCUUGGUCAUCUGCAUCCCCUUCCUGGGCCUUCAGGAGCUCUAUGGGGUAUUAGACCAUCUCCUUGAUCAGGAUCUACUAAGGGCCAGGGAUUUCUAUAGACAAUUCUGUGUGAAACUGGCAAAGAAAAACCAAGAAAUUCUGUGGAUCCUUCACACACACUCAUUCACCUUCUUCAACAGCAACUGGGAGGUGAUCCGAAGUGCAGCCCUCAAGCUCACAGAUGCCAUUGUUCUCAACUUGACCAACCAAUACGUGGCAUUAUUAGAGAGAGAACAAUUGAUCACACGUCUCCAAGAACUUCGGCAAGACCACUGUAUCAGCGUCCAGAGAGCAGCUGAAGCUGCUUUGCAGACCCUCCUGAGAAGGUGUAAAGAGACAAGCAUCCCUUUGUAA